CGCGCGCGCAGUUGCCGGUACACGUGUAUCUGAUCGAGCGAUCGCCGAUAACGCGACUCGCAGUGACUAAAGUGCUGACUCGGCGGUAUCGUGUUCCUCCGCUGCGGUCUUGCCAGCCGGACGGUUGCCGUAGUUAUAUCGGUCAGUGCUUCCUUUAGGUACUUGUGCGGAAGAAUUGUGCCGUCUGUUAACACGAACACCUGCUUCUUCAGACAACAGAAUUGUUCCUGUGUCGAGCUGAAAAUGACAUCGCACUGAACGGCACCAGAAAAAACCGGCAGAAUGUUCGGCGGACAAGGCGGGGGCGCGGGCGCGGGCUACGGCAGCGUAGGAAGCGAGUGCGGCGACGGCUACGCGCUGGGCUACGCUGCGGCGGGCAGCCGCUACGCUCACUUCCCGCACCAGAACGUGUGGCACCACCACGCCGCCGCAGCCGCAGCGACUGCGGCGCACCACGAUCAGUACCCAGGUGGUGGCGGCGUGGGCAGCGUGGGCAGCGUCGGCGGCGUGGGCGGCGUGGGCGGGGCCAUCUACGGGCAGAACAUGGUGAUGGGCUCGUGGUGCGCGCCCUACGACGCACUGCAGCGGCCCUCGGCUUACGAUGGUGUACUGGAGGCAUACGAGGAGGGGCGCGAGUGCGUCAACUGCGGCGCGAACAACACGCCGCUGUGGCGGCGCGACUCCACCGGCCACUACCUGUGCAACGCGUGUGGCCUGUACCACAAGAUCAAUGGCGUCAAUCGGCCGCUGGUCAAGCCGAGCAAACGGCUGUCGGCGGCGCGACGGCACGGGCAGUGCUGCACGAACUGCGGUUCACGAAACACAACGCUGUGGCGACGCAACAAUGACGGAGAGCCCGUCUGCAAUGCCUGCGGCCUCUACUACAAGCUACACGGUAUCAACCGACCGCUAGCGAUGCGAAAAGACGGCAUUCAGACGAGAAAGCGAAAACCGAAGAAGAGUACCGCCAACGGAGCGAAGCCAGCCGUUGAUGCCAACAAGAAAGAGGGACACAACUCCCCGGGGAUCGACGAGAGCAAGCCCAACCUGCCGGAGGGGGCGCUGCCUCCGAGCGCGGCCCUGGCACACGCGAAACAGCGCGAGCCGCUGCCCGCGCCAGACGCCUCCCCGCACGGCCACGGCCACGGCCACGGCCACGGCGGCCACCACGCCGGUGCCCCUCACGGCCACGGCGGCCACAGCCAGUACGGGCUGGCGUUGGGCGGCGCGGGCUUCCUGUCGCCGCCGGCGCUCUUCAACAUCAAGAGCGAACCCAGCGCCGCCUCCGGCUACGACUCGUACGCGCACGCCACGCCGCCGCAGCAUUACCAUUCGCAUCAGCAUUACUUGCACGCGCUCCAGUACGGCCUGGGCAACAGCGAGGAGGAAGAGGGCAGCGGUUUCCUGCACCAGCGCAACGUGACAGCGCACGCCAAACUCAUGGCGUCCACGUAGCGGCGGCGCCGACCUCCGCUUUGCGCCUUUGCCGAGGGCCGUAAACGCCUUGACGCAGAUCUCUGACACUAGCGCAAUUCGCUAGUCUCGUAGUGAUUCACCCCCCCGCGCUGCACUUGUUAAACCGGCCAGUAUUCGAGUGCCUUCUUUAAACUCGCAGCGUCUGCAUCGAGUGAACUUUAAUGGGGAUGUUUGUCCUUUACUUCUCGCUUGAAGAUCUCGAUCUCAACAGACUCUUAAGGUUUCCAACCCCUUGUUACUGCCAUACGUUAGUGGCAAAUAGAAGUGUUUUGUUUUGUUUUAAGGUUAAUGGUAAAUUUGAACUCGACUGACCGACUAUCGAUGAAUAUAGAUUAUAAUAGAUUAUUUAGAUAAAAUUUAUUGCGUGUGUAUUUAAUCAGAUAGAAUGUACAGUCAAGAGCACAUCAAGCCAGACUUCGAACCGUUCUUAUAGAGUUCGAUUAAAAUUAUGUGUCAAGCUUGAUGUACACUUGACCUGUUUCGCCGUAUGUUACGUAUAAAUAGCAAUGCAGUGCCCUCAUCCGCAGUACCUACCCUGUAAAUAGUAUUUUAUUAUAAUAAUCUGUUAACAGACCACACUUAUUAUAAUACGUACCUAUAUACUUGAUUUUAAUAACUAUAGACGUAUAAACAUAGAAGUAUGACAUGUUUUAACUUUUGUAUUCGUCUCGCAUAGAAAGCAACUACUUGUCUAAAGACGUCACUCUGAAUUAACCAGCAGUUCUAAAUAGCCCAGUUAUUAUUCUCAUUUAAGUCUCUCUUCGUAGCGUUUGUGGUGGUGUAACAGAGGUGAUUAUUAUUGUUUAUUCAAAUGAUCGUGAAUGUUUGGGCUUCCUGUGGUUGUACUAUACAUACUGCUGUGUUCAGGCAGAGUCGAGUAGGUAAUUUAAAGUAAAACCAAUUCGGUAUAAAUAGGACAUAAAGCGUUCUUUAACCAACCACGAAAAUUGGUUUCUUCUCAUUCUACGACUGUAGUUGUAGCAGCCUUUUCGGUAGGUACCUACUUCCUUAAAAGUAACCAAGACUAUGCUAUAUUUCAGUUUUAAUUACAUAUUGUCAGAUAAUUAGUACUUUUAUACAUACACGAGUAUUGCGAUUCACAUUCAUCGACUUUCUUAUGUUAAUUAUGUAAAUAGAACUUAGAGUAAUAGUAAUUACAGUAUUCCCCGAGUAUAAACAGUAUUUAAAAUAUCUCACUAAGCAUUGUGAUAACUUCACUAAAACUUUGGAUUGUUAUAAAUUUAAAAAACUAUUCGCGUAGAUAUUUGUUGUAAAGUUUUCUAUUCUUCGUUCUUGUACAAAAGAUUGUAAACGUGAAAACUUCUACAGUGACAUGCAAAUUUUAGUCAAGCCUUUCCGGCGGUCAUCGUUACGUAGAACAACGAAGACGCGCCGCUUAGAAGCGUGCGUAUCGCGCGAAACUGCGAGGUGUAGUAUAGGUUGUAAGUAAAAUAAAAUGGCAUUUAUGAAUAGUGUAUAUAUUUAGUUAGCUAUAAUAUAAAUUAGAACAAGAACAUCCGACAUGGGUCGCACAGUUGUCACAUGGAUACAAAUUUUGCAAUAAACGUAUUACGUCGGUAAAGCUAC